CACGAUUACAACAUUAACUGUGACUGCUUGCUGUGGUAUAAAUAAGGAGACGAAAAGUCAGUUCACAUAAGAAGAUGGUCUACUUUGCAUACAACCAGAUAGCCUUCGUCACUCUGUUGGCAUUUGCAGCCGUAAACGCAGGUGAACCAUGGAGUAAACAGGACAUCGAAGCUAAGAUUUCCGCUACUGAUCAACUUAUACGCGGAGUCAAACCGAUCGUAGAUGGUGCAGAACAGGCAUUACAGAAUCUUAAGGACGAGAUUCUCAAACAAAAACCAACAUUUCGAGGAGAAAUAGAGAAGUAUGCUAACUGCCUGCGAACUGCAUACGAAUACAUAUGGGGAGAGAUCGCGUUAAACAAAAUCGCAGACCGUCUCUCCAAAGACAAUGACCCCAGAUUCAAUGAUACAGUGGCGUGUUGUCGACAAGAAGCCUUAGAAUAUUCUAACAAGAAGAUGGCGUUUCCUUUAGACAAGUGUACCGAAAAUGUGUCUCGAGCGUCUCGGAAAGAUUUUAGUCAAAUGAAGCAGCUAACUAGAACACUAUUCGACCACAAGCACUGGACUGCCAUAGAAUAUUGUGAGUCCAUUUUCUCUGUAUGAAUUUACUUCACAAUUGUAAAUUUCUAUACGAAAGCGGUGUAAACGUUGUGAUUUGGUUUCGCAAAUAGUCAGUGCCUGCCUAAUGUUAGUUAUCAGACAAGCGCAGUGAUGGACAACAAACCAUUUUUACUUGUCAAUUCAAAUAUUUCUCAACCUGUUUUAUCAUUUCUAGUUAACAAGAAGCUAUACGAAACCCAGUUGAAACAGUUGACAGGUGAGUUUUAUUUUGCAUCACAUUUCCACAUCUUAGCAUACGAAGGUCUGUUAUCGGUGUAGUGACUCUAAUAUGAAGCGCACGAAAUGUGAGACAGUGUUGUGGAUGAUGAAUGGGCAAAGCAAAAGAUAAGAUGCAGAUAUUCAACGCAACAGUUCGAGAAUAAUUUCACCGUCGAAUAUUCGACCAUAUUUCGGCUAAAAUACUGUUUAAUGAAUGUGUGGUUCAAAUGACAGCUUUGAAUACUCCUGUUAAAUCGAAUGGUGAAAGCGUUAUGAGUGUCGUUUUAGGUUACAAUGAGGACAUUCGUCAAGGAAUAAUAUCGUAGCGGAUCUAAAUAGAUGGUAUGGUGAAUGUAUGAGAAUGCAUAUGCGUUCUUCAAAAAUUGUCACUGAGGCUGUGCAAGCAAGCUAGUGAAAUUCACGCGACCCGUAGUGAAUUAUUGAAAUGUAUCAACUCGAAUACCCCGAAAAAUCGUGGAUAUGGCAAUCAUCACUCACUGAAAAUAUUCAGAAUCCUCGGAUUCUAUGAACAAGCACACAGUUCACCGACAAUCAUCCUCCUUCUCACUAUUAGUCCGUCUGUAUUAUUUCACCACAAAUAUUUCAUACAAUAAUAUUGCUGACUGAUUUUAUUCUCCUACAGGAAACUGAAGAAAAAUACCAGGAUGAAUGUCAAAG